AUGUCGACAGAGGCAGAUUCCAGACUGGAAUUCCUGUGCAUUGUGCCCGACAAGCCGGGCGUGAAUGCGCGGAGAAUCGAGGUUCGACCAACUCACGUCAAGAACCUUACUCCGCUGAUUGAGUCCAAAUCCCUUCUCGCUGGCGGAGCCAUGUUCGUCGAUAAACACCCUGCUCCCGGCGAAACGCCGCAAUUCCGAGGCAGCGCGGUUAUCAUUCAGGCAUCGUCGCCCAAGGAGGUGCUCGAGAUUCUGAGCAAGGAUAUCUAUGUUGAGACAGGCGUGUGGGAUUUGGAUAAUGUGCAGAUUAUUCCGUAUAAAUCGGCGGUGCGGUUGGGUAUGUAA